ACGAGUGAUCCAGAACCCUGCAGAAUGAAACACACUGAAGAUCCUGAAGAACAAAGAGACCUGAUGGAAGAGAGCGAGGAGAGUGAAGAACUGAGUGAAGGGGAGGAGGAGCAUCAUGUCCAAGCUGGAGAAAAACCUUUGAGUCGCUCAAAGACUAAAAAGACAUGUCUAAAGAAAAGAAGAGCCAAGAAAUCUUUCACCUGCACUCAGUGUGGAAAGAGUCUCAAAAGCAAAUCUAGUCUUGAUGGUCACAUGAGAAUCCACACUGGAGAGAGACCGUUCAUGUGUGAUCAGUGUGAAAAGAGAUUCUUAAGCAAAGGUAAUCUUAAUGCUCACAUGAGGAUCCACACCGGAGAGAAGCCGUACUCAUGUGAUCAGUGCGACAAAACAUUUGCUAGUGCAUCAGAGCUGAAGUCACACCUGGUAGUUCAUAUGAAGGAGAAGCCGUAUUCAUGUUCUGUGUGUGGAAAGAGUUUUUCACGGCUGCAAAGUUUAAAACUGCACCAGAGAAUUCACACUGGAGAAAAACCUUACAAGUGUUCACACUGUGACAAGAGAUUCAAUCAAUCAACAAAUCUGAAAACACAUGAGAGGAUCCACAGCGGAGAAAAACCGUACAAGUGUUCACACUGUGACAAGAGAUUCAGUCAGUCUGCAACUCUGAAAAAACAUGAGAGGAUCCACACUGGAGAAAAACCUUACAAGUGUUCACACUGUGACAUGAGAUUCAGUCGAACAGAACAUCUGAAAACACAUGAGAACGUACACACUGGAGAAAAACCUUACAAGUGUUCACACUGCGACAAGAGAUUAAGUGACUCAUCAUCUCUGAAAAGACAUGAGAGGAUCCACAGCAGAGAGAAGACGCACACGUGUGAUCAAUGUGGAAAGAGUUUCUCUUCUAAAACUCACCUGAAGAUACACAUGAUGAUCCACACCGGAGAGAAGCCGUUCUCAUGUGAUCAGUGCGGGAAGAGUUUCAUACAAAAAGGAAGACUUAAGGAACACAACAGAGUUCAUUCAGGCGAGACACCUUACAAGUGUUCACACUGCGACAAGAGAUUCAGUCGAUCAGAACAUCUGAAAAGACAUGAGAGGAUCCACACUGGAGAGAAGCCGCACACGUGUGAUCAGUGCGGAAAGAGUUUCACAGAUAAAGCAUAUCUUACGGGUCACAUGAUGAUCCACACUGGAGAGAAGCCGCACACGUGUGAUCAGUGCGGAAAGAGUUUCACAGAUAAAGCAUAUCUUACGGGUCACAUGAUGAUCCACACUGGAGAGAGACCGUUCAUUUGUGAUCAGUGUGGAAAGAGCUUCACUAAAUCGGCACACCUUAAGGAACACAUAAACAUCCACACUGGAGAAAGGCUGUACACAUGUGAUCAAUGUGGCAAAACUUUUUUGUCGAAUUCAGCCCUGAAGACACACCUGAGAGUUCAUAUGAAGGAGAAGCCGCAUUCAUGUUCUGUGUGUGGAAAGAGUUUUUCACUGCUGCAAUAUUUACAAAUACAUGAGAAAAUUCAUACUGGUGUGAGAGAGUACAUGUGCUUUGAGUGUGAGAAGACUUUUACUACAGCAAAGAGUUUAAAACUGCACCAGAUUAUUCACACUGGAGAAAAGCCGUAUCACUGCACUGCCUGUGGGAAGCGUUUCAAUCAUCCAUCUUCUCUACGCAAACAUACCAAACAUCACUGUAAGUAG